AUGGUUUUUACUCUCGUUGAGAAUAUGUGGAACUCUCCAGAAACCGAGGGUAUGAACACCAACCAGCGAGCUUUCUUUUUGUCCAAGAAACUGUUUGAAACGCAUAGCCGGGCGCUUGAUGUGUACCCUUCAAUGACAUGGGAAAAUUUCCAGUCUGCUGCGGCCGGGAGAUGGGAGUUGAUUGGGCUGCUCUUUACUCUAACAGGUCUAGCCACAGACUGGGUCCCUCAUAGUGACCGCGUCUUCAUGCGUCCGAAUAUGAUGGAUCCGAAGAGUCUCGCUGUAACUGCGACUGCUGUGGGAGACAUAUGUCUUCAGUUCUGUGAUAGCACUGGAAUUGUGAAUGACAUUGUGGCCUGGCUUCUAUUGCAUCAGGUCACGCUUUUGGCAAUAGUCUAUGGUGAAAGUGACUUUCGACCGUGGAGAAAAUUAGGAGAGUUAUCGACAACGCUGUUUGCGCUCGGGCUGCAUCAGGAUUCUAGCAAAAAUGCUCCAUUCUUUCUUUCUGAGAUGCGAAAAAGAACCAUGGUCGCGGCGUAUUUUAUGGACAAAGGACUUGCCACUUUUCUAGGCCGCCCGCCGCUCAUCAGCUGGCGCUACUGUGAUAUUCAAAUGCCACUUGACUUGAGCGUUGAGGAAGUAUUUGCCGAUUCCGCUGUUCGUAAUGCGGCUAUUGCUCGACUGGAUGAGGAGACUGGAUGGAAUUUGGAGUCAAGCUUGAUGAAGGGAACGUGGCCUCGAAUUUCCUUGAUCACUAGCGUUUUCCGUGAGAAGGUCUUGGAACUUUCACUGAGUCGGCAACUCGACAAUCUCAGCCAAAGGGUCGAGGAGCUUUCACGCGAAUCUCGCCAAUUACGACAGGGACUACCCGAAUUUCUUCAUUGGAAACCUAAUAUUGACGGGGCACUCAUUUCCAAAGUAGAAUAUGAUCUCCUUUUCGAGGUUCACAUAGAGUUUCUCUACAACGAUUUCCUGCUCUACCGGACCCUCGGCAAACGCACCCAGACGCAACCCGAGGAAGUUCUUGGCAUCGCUCGAGAGAUACUGAAAACAUUGGUUAUUAUGAUUUCCCAGAAGACUCGCUCUAGACAACCCAUCAAAGAUAUCGGACUGAAUGUAUGCUUACCGGGUCUUCCUUCUGCUGGUGUUCUCUGUGCAGAAUUACUCCGUCGAUCCCGAUCGCCUGUAACAAGCUCUUCUCCGGAGUUUCCUCGUUCAGAAGUCAUUCAAAAUUUGACUCUUUUCGCGGCAUAUCUGGACACCAUCAUUCAACCCAAUGAUUCUAACUAUAUGUACCGUGUCGCACAGCAGGGCCAAAAGGCAAUCCGUCAUGUCUUGGACCAAGUUCUCUCCGUCGAAGGUCUCUCCUCUGCCGUAGAAGACACUGAAACUAGUGACAAGUUGAUUGAUGAUGCUAGCUUGCUUGGCAGUGUGGAUAUCGACGAUCCUGACUUAUUUCUCGGUUGGCUUGAUGGGAAUAUGCAACACAUGUCCGACUCUUGGCUAGGAUGGGUCAAUUUUACAUGA